UUAUUAUUUUGAGUCGUCAAAUGGCUCUUAAAAACACACACACAAGACUCGUUCAUUAUAUAAUAUAUUAUUUUUUAUUGUCGUAUCGUCAGCCGUCGUCGUAAUUUGAUUUUGGAAAAACCAUCUUUUAAUUUUUUUGGAUUAUCGUGAUAUAAUAAUACUUUAAUUUUUAUUUAAUGUGUUAAACGUCAUGCCUGUUUUUUUUCUAUGUAUGUAUAUUUUCUUACCGAAAUCAACAAGCGAAUCUAGUCAAAUUAUACGGAUUAUGGAUGUAGAUAUUUGAUUAAAUAUUAUUUCUGUAUCCCAAUUUUGUCAUGGUUAAUAUACUUAGACAAUUUUAUAUAACUACUUUUUGAGCUAUAGAAAAAUUACUGAGAGCUCUGUUCUAAAUCGGUUUUCAAGUGCAACAUUGAAAUUAAACGGUUGACAUAACCAACACUUACUUAUUUACAGUAAUAUCCAGUUUGUACUUGUGAAAUCAAUGCUACUAUCUGCCAAUCUUAAUAGAUAAAGUAUAGUACAAUGGCUGAUUCUAUUAAAGAGAAUAAAUCAAAUUAUGUUGACAAAGAUCAAUUACCAUGUUCGACAAGCUCACUAACUCCUGUUAAUCAUGUACUGACCGAUACAUCUAACUUGGAUGAUAAGUCUAAAUCAUCUGUUAUACAGAAAGAAUCUAUUAAAAAUGCGGAACAUGAAUCUCCUACUUCUACUAAUGAAAAAAAAAAAGAUUUUGAGAUUGGUGAUAUAGUUUGGGCUAAAAUUGGAAGAUAUCCAUUUUGGCCUAGCAUGGUCUGUGUUGAUCCAGAUACUAAAAUUCACAUUAAAGGAUCACUUGAGAAUAAAAGAAAAUUUUCAUUACACGUGCGAUUCUGUAAUGAUCAUGGCAGAAGAAGUUGGGCCAAAAUUGUAGAAAUGUUUGAUGGAAAAGAUAAGUUGCUUUUAAAACAUCCCAAUAGUUUAGCAUUAAUAAAAAACAGUAAGAAGCAGAUGUCAACAUGGGAUGAAGCAGUGAGAGAAGCUGACAAUUGGUUGAAAGUAAAUAGAGAAGAAAGAGUGUCCAGAUUUGCCAAAACAAAUGGUUUGACUCGUUCUAAAAUAAGUGGUUUGGGUCCUGCCAAAAGAAGAAGGAGUUUGGGUCCAAAAACUGCUUCCACUACACCUGAUGAGGAUACCUCUAACAUUCCUACAGUUAAAGAAUUUUUAGCAAGCAGAAGAGCUAUUGAUCUUGCUCGAACAAAAGCUUUUGAACUUGAACAAGCAAAAGCUAUUGAACUUGAACGAGCAAAAGCUAUUGAACUUGAACGAGCAAAAGCUAUUGAAAUUGAUCGAGCAAAAAAUUGUGAGCCUAGUACAAGUAGUUCUCAUGAGAUAAUAUGUGAGCCUAGUACAAGUAGUUCUCAUGAGAUAAUAUGUGAACCUAGUACUAGUAGUUCUAUGCCUCAAUGUUAUGUCCAGUUAAAAGAUAUAGCAAAAAAACCUGUGGAAAAACUUAUGGAACUACCAAAAAAAGCCGUUAAAAGGAAAUAUGUUGAUUUGGAAAAAAAACAGUUAAGGGAAGCUUUAAAGAAGAAAAAAGCCAAAAGAGCAUUGCAAGUUAAAAAGUAUGGCUUCUCUUAUUCUUCAUCUGAAUAUGAAAGUACUGAUGAUGAAGCUGUACCAUUGGUACCCUUUAAUCCAAAUCGAAAGGUGUUGCAAACAAUUAAAUUAGCAGUGGCAAAUUUAGAAUCUGAUGGAAUAAAAAGAAUUAAAGAAAAAAGAAUUUUGAUUAAAGCUAUAAGACUUGCUGAAAGAAAUUCUAACGCCAAGAAAAGGAAAAAGGAAGAUUCCGAUUCUGAUGAUUAAUAACAAUAUAAUAUAUAUAUAUGUAAAGAGUUAUCUUAAUUGGUAAUUAAAAUAUAGUAAUAUAAUGAAACUGUAUAUAAAGGUAAUAAAGAAUUAAAGAAAAACAUUUUUAUUUUUAAUGCGAUAAUGACUAUCUGUUAUACAUAUAUAAAAUAAUACUAUUAAGUUUGUACAGGCAGUCAAUAUAUAGUUAUUUAUUAUGUAUAAUUAAAGGUGCUAAUAACAAAAAAAAAAAACGUACAGCCAUAUUUUAAAUUUACUACAUUGUUUAAAAAGGAAACAAAGUAUAUACGUAAAGUCAGUGUUGUUUUUACAUUUUUUUUUUUUACUUUUACAUAUUUAAGAAAUAAAUCAACUCGCCAUAUUUACUAUGUUAUUUUUUACAGUAAGAAUUAAUUUGUAGUACUUGUUUAAUGUACAUUUUUGUAAAUAAGUUUAAUGAUUAUAAUAAAGGAGUAUAUCUAAUUUUUUUCUUUA